UGCUCGAUUCAAGCAAGGAGUGACUCCGGCACUCAGACGGAAACAGACAAAGGCGAGGGGAGAGACGGCGUGCCGCUAUCCUGCAGCAUCGACUCACACUCACAUCCACUCCCCCACACACUCCGCAAUCAGCGACGCAGACUCUCUGGAGCUGGUCACCACCCCAACACAUCUGUCACAACCACCAUAACUUUCAGUCAUCAUGGAGCUAGACUUUGGACAUUUUGACGAGCGAGACAAGGCCUCUCGUACCCCACGGGGCGGGCGUAUGAAUGGACUCCCCAGCCCUACUCACAGCGCCCACUGCAGCUUCUACCGCACACGCACUCUGCAGGCCCUCACCAAUGAGAAGAAAGCCAAAAAGGUGCGCUUCUACCGCAACGGAGACCGCUUCUUCAAAGGCAUCGUGUACGCGGUAGCCAACGACCGAUUCCGCACCUUUGAUGCUCUCCUGGCCGACUUGACGCGCUCGCUGUCCGACCACAUCAAUUUGCCACAGGGUGUGCGUUUCAUCUUCACUAUUGAUGGUGCACGCAAGAUCACAACCUUGGAUGACCUAGAGGAAGGGGAAAGCUAUGUUUGCGCAUCAGAGAACUUCUACAAGAAAGUUGACUACACAAAGAACGUCAACCCCAACUGGUCUGUGAAUGUAAAGGCCUCAGCAAGCCAGAAGAACAUGCAGUCCUUAGCUGCCAAGGCUGCCGGUGAGUCCAGGGAGACCAAGGACUUUAUUCGACCCAAGCUCGUAACGGUGAUGCGUAGCGGCGUGAAGCCACGCAAAGCCGUCCGCUUCCUGCUCAACAAGAAGACCGCACACUCCUUCGAGCAGGUGCUCACUGACAUCACGGAGGCCAUUAAACUGGAGAGUGGCGUGGUUAAGAGGAUCUACACUCUGGAUGGCAAGCAGGUCACCUGCCUUCAAGAUUUCUUUGGCGAUGAUGACGUCUUCAUUGCAUGCGGACCAGAGAAAUUCCGCUACGCCCAGGACGACUUCUCCUUGGAUGAGAAUGAAUGCAGAGUGAUGAAGGGACCCAAAGCUCAGCGAGGUUCAGCCAAGAGUCCUGGUCCAAUCAAGCGCAGCAAGUCUCCUGCUGAAUCGACCAACGGGACGGGCUCCAGCAGCCAGCUGUCCACCCCGAUUUCCAAGCAUUCCCCCACCUCCACCCCUACCAGUCCAGGCCUCAACAACAAGCAGAAGGAUCUCUACCUGCCCCUAUCUCUGGAUGAUGAUGAUUCUCUUGGUGAAUCAAUGUAGACUCCUGGCUCCUGCUGCCACCCUCCCCUCCAGUUUUGUUUUUUUUUCUUUGGGAUCAGAUACACAGAAGUUUUAUACCUCUGCUGCUUUCCACCUUCACUCACAGUGCCACCUGUUUAGCAUAACCCACUCUGUCUCUUUUUUAAAGGCCUUAGCCAACAGGGCUACGACACCAUUUGCUGCUUGAGAAUGGCACAAACAGAACAGAGAAAUCAUUUCUUGUCACAAUCAGCUCACUUUUUCCAGGUUUGUGUUUUUUAUGUGGGAUGGGCACUGUUUCUCAAAGGUUCUCACAGAUCACUGUCAUACAGAUUUCAGUGUUGAAGGAAAAAAAAAAAUCAUUUU